AUGCGCAUUGAAAAAAGGAGGAGGAAACAUACAAUAUUGAAGAGAAUUGAGCCGAGAACGAGAAACAUUUGA